CGAGCGCCGCCCCCUCGGCGCUGGCGGUGGAGGAGCCGCCGCCAUUUUGGUGCCGCCGCCUCAGGAGGGUGAGGAGAGAGCGGGGACGCCGCCGCCGCCGUUCACGAUCGUUCUCUCCUCUUCAGCGGCCGCUUCGACGCUGAGGAGAUGGAUUCCGGAGCCCGCCCGGGCGGCGGCGCCGCACCGGGGCAGUCCCGCGAGUACAAGCUGGUGAUGUUGGGCGCCGGCGGUGUCGGCAAGAGCGCCAUGACCAUGCAGUUCAUCAGCCACCGGUUUCCAGAGGAUCACGAUCCCACAAUUGAGGAUGCUUAUAAAAUACGGAUACGCAUCGAUGAUGAACCUGCCAAUCUGGAUAUCCUGGACACAGCAGGACAGGCAGAGUUUACGGCCAUGAGGGACCAGUACAUGAGGGCUGGGGAGGGCUUCAUCAUCUGCUACUCCAUCACAGACCGGCGCAGCUUCCACGAGGUGCGCGAGUUCAAGCAGCUCAUCUACCGCGUCCGCCGCACCGACGACACCCCCGUGGUGCUGGUGGGGAACAAAUCCGACCUGGCACAGCUACGGCAGGUCUCCAAAGAAGAAGGCUCAUCUUUGGCUCGAGAGUUCAACUGCCCCUUCUUCGAGACGUCGGCCGCAUUCCGCUACUACAUCGAUGAUGUGUUCCAUGCCCUGGUGCGGGAGAUCCGCAGGAAGGAGAAGGAAGCAGUGAUGGCAAUGGAGAAGAAAUCAAAACCCAAAAGCAGCGUGUGGAAAAGGCUGAAGUCACCCUUUAGGAGGAAGAAGGAUUCGGUCACUUGAACGGAGGGGAUUCCUCUGCACAUAGAACAAAACCUGUGAACAGCCAUUUGUAACCAAAGCAGUUUAGUGACAACGUUUUGGGGGCGUGUUUUAAACCUGAAUGGACUUCUGUGAGGGAACUUUUACCAGUUCUUCUUGUUUAGAAUGAUACUCCCUUCAUUUUGGAUAUUUCCCUUCAGACCAGUAGCGGUUGUACUGUUGUUUGUUGUCAUUUUUUGACUGGAUCCAGCAACUGUUGCUUGUGUGUUGGUUACAAAUGCUGAUAGGUUUAUGGCCCUGCACUUUGGAACGUUUCUCUCCAGUCACUGCGUGCUGGAAGCUGAAUUGUGUAAGAUAUUGCUGAAGUUCUCCCCAACUUAACUUAAUGAAUCUUCUGUUUCUAGUGGUUUGCACAAGCAAAUGUUGCUGCUCUCUGGAACGGCGACCCACAUCCCAAGGGGUGCCUUGUUGAGCUCGUGGUGAAGAGUAGUUUACACAGUGUUUGUCCUGGCCAGCAGCCUUGGCUGGGUGUGGGUAGCACUGAAAGGAGCUGUGCUAGAGUUCUUGUGUUCUCAUGUCAGAGAUUUCCUUCCAGCAGCAGUGUGGAAGUGGUGAGUUCAGCAGCAGUGCUGUAGGUGGGAUUCAAAACAAGUCAGAAGCAGCAAAUGCUCGUUCCUAUGGCAGCUGUAACUUGGCAACAGUCAUGGAGAUGGAGCAUUUCCUCCUGUACCCAGCGUUUACUGGGUGCCACAGCAUGUGUCAUGUCACGAUGCUGCAGGAGCCACAGCUUUGAGUUCUCUGGCUUGCUUGUUGAAAGCCAGAGCUGUAAAAGGGUGUGCUGGCUUAUUUAUUUCCCCUCUGGUUUACGUUCCUGGCCUAAAGGAGCCAGUAGCUUUGGUAAGUAGAAGCCUCUAACAUAGUGAUUCCAAAUGAUAACUACUUUGUAGCCAAAAUGCCUGAUCCCGAGGUAUGUGGGCCUAGAAUUAACACCCCUAAUGCUGGUAAGAUGCUUCCAGUGGAAUUGCUGGUGCAGUGGAAGGAAGGAAUCAGCUGGGCACAGUGACAGUCCCUGCUGGGGUCACAUCCUGACCUGUGCAGGUGGCACAGGUGCAGGUUUUCUUGUGCUCGGUAAAGAAUGAUGUGGUUAAAGUGCUGCUGGCACAGUCCCUCCAUAUGUAGACUUGUUCUCUGCUUUGGAGCUGAUUUACACCCACAUCAGUUGCGGAGUUAAAUCCAGCAGAGACACGAUGUCUGGUGUUCCUCUGGGGUUUAGUAACAGAACAAACCAUAGUUGGGUAACUCAGACAUGGCUAAAACAGGUUUCCUGGAGAACUAAGUGCCUGGAAUCUUUCUGUUUCAGAGUGAAAGAGCUUCGUAGGCUGAGUAUAGUAGAGCUUCUAUUGUUCUUUGAUCAUCUGUGUCAGUCACUCUGUUAAUCUUGUUCCAAAGCCAACUCUGUAACGUCAGUCUGAGUGUGCUGCAUGGGAGAGAGCAGUCAAAACUGAAAGCUCCUAUGGAACAGGAUUAGGCCAAGAAACAAGGAUAGCAAAUACAUGAACGUCAGCUUCUUGCUAAACUCCUUAUUGCUUAAGGUAUGACUGGAAAUUCUGUGCCUGGUGGGUUUAAGAGUAUUUUCUUGGGGUGGGAUUUCAAACCAAGAGCAGACUAACUGCAGACAUGUGGAGGAGGGUUACAUGAUCCUGUGUGUGGCUGAGCUAAACAGUUCCACUGGUUCUUGUUUCUCUUUUCCAGUGCUCCAGUGUCUCUCUACACUGGUAACAGUCACACACGUUGUUUGGAAGGGCUGAGGAUAAUUCAGAUUGGGGAGAACUUGGAAUUUAAGACCUCUUGUCCGUAACCUGGUGAGCAGUUGUGUGCGUCCUCUCAGUAGUCACUGCUUUAGGACUGAAAUCCCUCCUCCUCAUUCCCUUUUGGGUUAAAUGCUGUUUGUAACUCAGCUCAAAACCUCUGGGUUUGAGGAGGAGGCAACAGCAAAGUUGUUGCUGCUUCUGUGAUGGUGAAGAUCAUUUCAGCCUUCUGGGAAGGCAGAGCAGGGCCUGAUGGUGCUGCCGAGUUCUCCCUCUGCUUCUCCUUGAUAACACAGAGCACGGCCGGUGUCAGGCAACACGUGCAGGGACCCCGUGAGCAGCACUGGCAGCUCUUUGGGCCUAUUUCCACCUUGAAAUAACGGGAUGUCUGUGCCUUCUGGGAUUCCUUCAAUGCAAUGGAAGUGUUUCCGAAUGCCUUGGUGAGCCUGUUGCUUGUAGUUACUCCAUGGGAAGAGCAGCAAGCACUUUGGUUUUACACAGUGUUACUCAAAAGAGUUUUAUUUUUGUCAUGUAUAAAUUUGUACACAGAAUUCCUGGUUUAUUUGACACAAUAUAUAAUUUUGAAUACAAACA